CCAACUUACCGCCACGGGAGCGGAGCCGAAAACCCGAAACUGGCGAUUUAUAUCGACGCGAGAAAAGGAGAUUUCUUCACUCUCUCUCGGAGAAGAGUGGAGACGAAUGGCUUCGGUGAUCGGAGGCGUCUUCAAGACGGUCCGGGAGAAAGGCAUCGGAAAUUUCGUCAGACACCUUCGAGAAGAGGGCUAUACGAAAUGCCUUUUGGAUGGGAAUCUAUUGCAAACAAAAAUUCACAGCAUAGGUGCAACCCUUGUUGGAGUUGAUAAAUUUGGAAACAAGUAUUAUGAAAAAUUGCAGGACACCCAGCAUGGACGGCACAGAUGGGUGGAGUAUGCACAGAAGGACCGUUAUAAUGCAUCCCAAGUGCCACCUGAGUGGCAUGGUUGGCGGCACCACAUCACGGACCAUACGGGGGAUGAACUUUUGAUGCUCAAACCUGAAAGAUAUGGAGUGGAGCACAAAGAGAACUUCUCAGGAGAGGGAGAUGAGUACAUCUACCAUUCCAAGGGUCAUGCUCUCAACCCUGGACAGAGAGACUGGACCUGGUACCAGCCAUGGCAACCCACCAAAAUCUGAAAAAAUAUCCUUUCCCUCGUAGCCAGAAGGAUUGGAAAAAAAAAAUUCAGUGCAUUGCUUUUCUUGCUGUGCGAUCAUCCUCUAGCCAUGUCCACCAGACAUUUGGACUGAAAUUUUAGUGCAGGCUGGAUGACUUUUGUGCUAAUAAAUGUAAUGGACCUUUUUACCUUUUGAAACAGCACCUUGUGAUUAUUGAACUUCAUCUUUGGAUUAUGAUUUUCUGCAACAUUAAAGAAGCUUUUCAGAA